AUGUUCAGCAACAAUGCUACGGGCUCCUGCGAAGAUUAUAGCGGAAAACGCCAAGACCUGGAGACGAAGUUGAAGGCUCCAUUAACUGGGUACCCUCAAGUUAUUAGUAAAACUGGGAGCGUGCUAAGUUCUCUGUGUCAAUUAAUAAAUGAAGCAGAGUGGAAAAAUGGAUGUAAAGUUAUAAGGAAUGAUAUUGACUAUGGGACUUUCCUCCAUAGAAAAACAAUCCAUGAUUAUUCGUUCAAUUAUAAUAAAAUAGAAGGGGAUUUAUUGAAGAAUGAUAAGCCCAAUUGCAGAGGCCGGUGGUCAGAACACCGGAGUGGUGUUCUUACAGCCUGUAAUGCUGUAAGUGAGAAGUGUCCAGAGGGAGAUACUAAAACUACUGUUGACCCCUAUUGUAAGGAUUUCAAGGACAAGUAUAAGUUUUAUUGUGGUAUGGCGAAAACGUUAGAAUCGUACUGCACAAAAAAAACUGAAUUAGAACAACUAACAUCACAGAAACUGCAAGCAGAAGCAGCAACACAACAAGCACAACAAGAAAAACAAUCCACACAAUCAAAAUUAAACGAAGCUGAAAGUAAAGCGAGUGCUGCUUCUUCCCUUUCUUCUGCUUUCGGCACACUAGCAGCAUUAGAAUUACCAGCGGCCCUAUUCCUUCUAUAUAAAACCCAUUCUUUCCUUUCAUUUAGACCCCUUUCCUUCCUUAGACCCAUCCUUAAAUUCUUGUUUCUUCUCUUUCAGUAUAAACCAUGGUCUUCCUGGUUUGGUAUGCAUACUUCUGGAAAUGGAAGGAGCACAAGAAACACAAGAAAGAGAAGAAGAUCGACUGGACACCACAACUUUGAUGUGUCUGCAGAAGAUACUUUCACUGAAUAUUCAAAUGACACUUCAACAACAAUAGGUGACUCCACAACAGACAAUUCCACCACACUACGUUCUCCUACUGCGUACACAAGACGGUCUACCACAGUACCGUCUACAGGGCAGGCUACAAGGAAUAGAAGGGCAGGAGCAGGAACAAAUAAUCAUAAUACGCCGGGUCACCGGAACAAUAUAGGUUACAUUCGGAUGUAG